UCGGCCAGCUCUUCAAUCAUAACAGUUUGUACCUGGCUAGUCAUCAUUAGAAUAUUUCGCAUGACCGCUUUUCAUUUGCUAAGAAUUUUACCAAUUCAAAUUAAAGUAAAAAUUGUUUAAUCAUUAAAAUGAAUAUCCAAUUAUCAAUUUGUGCGAUUUUCGUGUUUUUGUUUAGUGCAUCGAAACAAACAUAUUUUUUAAAUAAAAACUACAUAGAUACAAUUAAUAAGAAUGCAAAGACUUGGAAGGCUGGUGUUAACUUUCAUCCAGAAACACCUUUGAAAUUUAUAUUAGGACUUUUGGGUUCAAAAGGUGUGAAAGUCUCGUCGACGGGUCCAUUUAAAUCACACGACACAUUAUACAAAUCUAACGUCAGUAUUCCAAUAGAAUUUGACGCGAGAAAACGAUGGAAAAACUGUACGACGAUUGGGACGAUUCGUGAUCAAGGCAAUUGUGGCUCUUGUUGGGCGUUCAGCACUACUGGGGCAUUUGCUGACCGUUUGUGCAUAGCUUCAAAUUCGAAAUACAAUGAACUAUUAUCAGCUGAACAGGUUACAUCUUGUUGUUAUCGAUGUGGUUUAGGUUGUCAAGGAGGUUAUCCAAUAAGAGCUUGGCAACAUUUUUAUAAACAUGGUCUCGUCACAGGAGGAAACUUUAACUCGUUUCAAGGAUGCCAGCCGUACACGUUUCCACCUUGCUCGGUAAACAAUUCGUGUAGUGGUGAAACGGAAAAAAAUCACAAAUGCCAAAAAAGAUGCUACGGAAAUAAAACCAUUUCCUACAGAAACGAUCAUAAAUAUAUUAAAGAACCACCAUAUUACUUGGACUAUAACUACAUACAACAGGAUAUAAUGAACUAUGGACCAAUCGAGGCAUCAUUUGAAGUUUACGAUGACUUUCUUUCGUAUAAGUCAGGUGUUUACUCGGUAUCGCCUUACGCCACAUAUUUAGGAGGUCAUUCCGUAAAGUGUAUCGGAUGGGGAGUCGAAAAAAACGUGCCGUAUUGGUUGAUGAUGAAUUCUUGGAACAGUACAUGGGGAGACGGAGGAUAUUUCAAAAUUCGGCGGGGUACGAAUGAGUGUGAAGUCGAUAAUUCAACAUCUGCUGGGAUACCCGAAUAUUAUACAUGAAUACCUAGCUUGCAAAAGAUUUUUAUAUCAUCGCUUUUUCCUCAAUGAGAUGGUUGGUAUGUACAUCAUGCAUAUAUCAUUUUGAUGAUAAUUCAUUGUUAUUCACAAAUAUUAUUAAAAAUUAAUAAAUGCUUUGUAUCUAUACUGUGCAUUGAACAGAAAAUAUUGAUUGUUACGAAAAGUAUUAUAGUUUUUGAAAAUAAUUAUUUCAUAUUGUUUGAAUUCUUUCCAAAUUUUUUUUUAAAUUUUACUAAUUUGAAUUGUUAUCA